CCGAGCAGGCUGGUUCUGAAGGGAGAAGAGCUGCCGAAGACUGGUCCCUUUUGAUCGGGCAUCCGACGGCGGCAUGUUGGACACAGGCGGUGCUGGGCCACACAGUGUGAAAUGUGGUAAAGUGUACGUGACGGGUAUUGAAAGGUUCUUCACGCUCUCGGCCAUAGCCGGCAGAGCUAAGUAGAGGACACGUAGCAUAUCGCAGCCCCUUCUCGAACUCGAGCCGACUGCCGAAAGGAGGACGUUCAAGAUGACGGCCGAGACGGCAGCUGAGGUCGCUAAAGAGCUGGAGGCACAGAAGCAUGAGGAGCCAACCGUCGAGGACGUAAAUGAUGACGAUUCGGAUGACGAGGAAGAUGAUGACGACGUUCCCGACCUGGAAGAAGCCCAGCAUGAAGGGGAGGACGGUGUUGCAGGGCCCGGAAGGACUAAGCAAAGCCGAAGUGAGAAGAAGAGUCGGAAGGCAAUGCAGAAGUUGGGCAUGAAGCCAGUCCCGGGAGUUAUCAGAGUAACGAUCAGGAAAAGCAAGAACAUUCUCUUUGUGAUCUCGAAGCCGGACGUUUUUAAAAGCCCCAAUUCGGACACCUACAUCAUAUUUGGUGAGGCCAAGAUCGAGGACCUGACUUCGCAGGCGCAGUUCAAUGCUGCCGAGCAGUUCAAGGCUCCUGAUUUGGCCCAGGUGGAGCAGAAGAUUUCGGAAGUUCCUUCGGCAGCCGAUGUAGAGGAAGAGGAGGUUGACGAGACCGGCGUUGAGCCCAAGGAUGUUGAACUCGUCCAAACCCAGGCCGGUGUUUCUCGUGCUAAGGCUAUUCAGGCUCUGAAGAAUACGGGUGGAGACAUUGUCAAUGCCAUCAUGGAGCUAACGACGUGAAGAAUCUCGUGUCUUACCACCGUAUAGCCUAGCUGAGAAGCGUGGUCAGCGGUGCUGCGUGUUGCAGUUUUGGGAUCUUGUCACAUGACCACGUUCUUAUUGCGGGAAAUAUAAAGACGAGUAGAGUUUUGCCACGGUUGUGAUUGCUUUGUCUUGGGAGGAUGUGUUGGCCGCGAGGUCGGAAGUCUUGCAGAGCUGUUGGGAAUGGUUUUGGGUGGAUCUGAUGUACAUAGACAAAGGAAGGGAGGAAUGAAAUGGGAGGGAGAGAGGGGUAAGGGGACUUCUGGGUGUGGGAGUGUUGCCCGUUCGCAUGAAGAAGAGGUAGGAUGAGGAUGUAUGUGGUGCGGUGUGGCAAUGAUAAAAGAUGCUGUGAUGGCCAGAGUGGAGGCAGACAUGCGCUGUUCUUUUUCCCUGUCAUUUUCUGUCUCCUGAUUGUGAGAGCGAGGACAGACUUGUUGCUGAUUGCGAGUGGUGGCUAUCGUUGUCCAAGUGGAAUCUUACCUUUUUUGCUGGUCUGGAGCUGUAGGGUGUACGUGUCAGCAAAAGCCGCCUGGCUAUGGAGCAUCAAUCUGAUGUGCGAGUAUGUGUUCUCUGAUUCACCGAAAUGUUUUCUCAAUUGACACCUUGUGUUUCGAGUCGGUUUUUCUAUGGUGAAGCAGGCUGGUAUAUGUUGUUCGUUUUUUCUACGUUGAAGCAGGCUGGUAUAUGUUGCUCUGUGAAGUCGGUGUUGGGGUGAAGUGCAACCAUGUUUGGACUUAAAUGCGUUGUGGACAGGAUGCAUAUGAGUCAGCUCAUAUCUGAAUGGUUCUGAUGGUGAUCGGCGUCUUUGUUUGACGGUGCGCGAUGUCACUUAUUUCUAUCCUUCGAUGUGGUGGUGUUCAUGUUGAGUGGAGUAUUUCUUUCCUGAGCUAGCGCUCGUGUGCUAUGGCAUUGCUAACCUAUUUGAAAUCCUUCGGAAGUGUUUCAAUUUCGUCGUUAUGUAUAAGCGUGGAGUGCAGUGUCCGAGUCCUGCAAACUCUUUGCUUUGUAAAGUUCAGUUUACGAGUGUUACAAACUCUGCGUACGGAUUCACUCUUGGUUACAUGAGAGUGGGGACUGCAGUGCUGAGUGUUACAAAAUCAGCAUGGAAGCCUCUGGUAUUCCGAGUAUAGUUGGAUGGCUGUUAUCGUGUAGUGGAACCAGGACGUGUUGUUCUAUUGAAAGAGAUGUACUGAAUGCUUUGUCGUUCCGAAGAUCAUGCAUGAGCAGCAGGUGAAAGGGCGAGUCUGCAGCUGGUCUUGGCAGUUACGAGAAUGAGAAUUGAACGGAACAAUGUACAUGGAAUUUCACUCGUGCGUCCAAUAGUCUUUGCAGCUCUGGGCUGUUAAGUGCGCUAAAGGAAGGGGGAAAGAAAUUGCAUUGUUACGGCCCGAGUUCAGUAUGGUGCUCUAUUUUAUCCCUACACUUGAUAGAAAUUGCUAACGUGAGAAUUGGGCAAUCCCGGC